AUGGCCGUCGAGCAGAUCGUCACCGACCCUGCCCUUAUCCCCGCCCUGAAAACUUGUUCGGACACCUUGAGCGAGGCGCAUAAGCUCAUCGACCUGCUGGAAAAAGGGAUCCAAACCCCCUCGUCGAACCCCAACGAGACGCUGCAGGAAGCGUACAAGCAGCAGAGACACGUUUAUUCGCUGCUGGCUCAGCUACGUGGACUCAACCGUGAGGCCAUUCUCAAUGUCAGGUCAACCAAGCAGGCCACAGCGGAGGCACGCCAGGAGAUAGACAGACUGCACCUGCAGCUUCAGAAUCUGUACUACGAACAGAGACACCUGAGCGGCGAGAUAGCCGCAUGCGAGUCAUACGACCAUAGCUAUCUGUCAUUGCCCUUGAUACCGGUGGAAGAGUUCAUUAGCCUGCAUCCAGAACAUGCAAACUCGGACGAACAUGAACUUACGAUUGCCCGAAUUAACCAUGAGCACGCAGAGAGGGAAAAGCUCGAACAGGCCCGCCAGGAGCUCUUGAAGAAGAAACAGGCUCUCAUUGCAGAAAACAAGAAGAGAAAGGAAGAUCUCGCCAGUCUAGAUCAGGACUUGGAACGGUUCAUUGAUGUCAGCCUCACUUCUAAACUCCAUACAUGUAGCCAUGAAACCCUGCUAACCACAACAUUUUCAGGCUGCGAAACCUAUCCAGAAGAUAUUCGAAAAGGUCUACGUGCCUGUCACCCGGAAGUCAAAUGGAGAAGACAAAUGAGUUCAGGACUAGGAUCCUUGUAUUAUGAUUAUUUGGCUAUGUUUAUAUACCCUGCAUGGAUAAAGGAGUCUUAA